AUGGUACAGCCCCACCCUGUUGAAAAAAAGAGCGAGUAUCGCACAGGGUCUUUGCUUCAGAAGAGGCCUCAAGCAUCCAUCACCCUGAACCCCAGCAGGCCUGUCACACUGUCUCACUCCCCUGAUUCUGCCUCUUCUCCUUCAGCACGCACCCCUCAACCCUCCCUGGAGACCCCAGGGCCACUCAUCCUCAAUGGAGAGCAGGGAGUGGGAUGCGGGACCCUCGCCCAGGAGAUCUGCCUCACUCCUGGGAACCUGAGGGAGGAUCCUCUGCCGGCACAGGGCUUCCAUGAUGUCUCGACUCUCACAGACCUGUGCUCCAGUGUGGAUCUGCCAGAGGUGGAGAUUGUCAGCUUGCUUACAGAAAAGUUGCCCAAAUACACUCUGCGGGCGGACCAUGUGUUUGGGUACGAGCAUGACGACUGGCUGCACACACCUCUGCUGCCACCAGAGGCCCCUCUUGGACUUACACAGGAGCAGAUCGACGAGACACUCAAGUACUUCUUGCUGUGUUCAGAGAGAGUUGGUCAAAUCACAAAGACGUAUCAUGACAUUGAAGCAGUUACACAUCUGCUUGAGGAGAAAGAGCGGGAUCUGGAAUUGGCAGCCCGGAUUGGCCAGUCGCUUCUCAAGCAGAAUAAAGCCCUGAAUGAACGCAACAAACUACUGGACGAACAGCUGGAAAUCACCACGGAAGAGAUUGCCCAGCUGCGUCAUGAGCUCUCCAUGAGAGACGAUCUCCUGCACUUUUAUGCCAGCACUGAAGAGGUAGAGCAUGCCUCAGAAACACUGCUUAUACAGAAUGAUUCGUCCUCAUCUCUCAGCAAUUACAUCAAUUACGACUUCCUGCAACAUAAACUCAAGGGUUUAGAAGAGGAAAACUUUAAAUUGCGCACCGAGGCUAAUGAGUUGACGUUUGAGACCAACAGUUACGAGGAACAAGAGCAACGGCUUAUGAUGGUGUGUGUGGAUGAACUCUCAACAGUGAAUAAGCAGGUCGUGUCUCUGUCAGAGGAAUUGGCCCGGAAGGUGGAAGAUUCGUUAAGACAACAAGAAGAGAUUAGUGCCCUCUUGGGACAGAUUGUGGACCUGGAGCAGCGCUGCAAAGGGCUCACCGCUGAGAACGAGGAGUUAACGCAACAUUUGAAUGCUUCCCGGGAAUGCCAGUCGCAGAUUAAAACAGAGGUGAAGGAACUGCAGGAGAGGUACUCCGAAUGUGAAGACAUGCUCCAUGAAGCCAGAGAGGACAUUAAAAACCUGCGCAAUAAGAGCCUGCCCAACUGCACCGUGCAGCGUUAUAGCACCCUGGCAGCGGUCGUCCCAAUGGAUUCACUUGCUGCUGAGAUUGAAGGAACCUUCCGGAAAGGCCUAGACAGCCCAGCGCCCACUGAAUACAAGAAUCAUCCGCUGCGGGUGUUUGAGACCGUGAAGGUGGCCAAUCAAGUAGCUCGACUACGUUCCCAGAUUCACUCUCCGCAGGUUCCGGGUUCGAGCCCUGCAUCGUUACGCUCUAGUCGGAUCAGUACACCACGGACCAGUUAUUAUGAAUCAGACAAUAUUAGUGUCAACACGGAGGAUAAGCACUCCCCUCCGACGCACACGCAGGAUCAUGGGUUACUGGAGUCGAAGCGUUUGGGCCAGCCAGGUACGCCAGGUGGGCAGGAUUUAGAGGAAGCGCUCCGGUCUCUUUCAGAGCGCCAGAAGAGCCACACAUCAGAGCGGCCGUUCUUCGAGGUGGAGAGAGAAAGGAAACUGCGCGCCUUGCAGAGUGGAAGCAGCGGCAGUGGCGGUGGCUCCAGCGGCUUCCUGACGCCUAAUGGCAGCAUUGCAUCCACAGGAACGAACUACUCCGGCACCUCCACACAUUCCUCAGGCACAGGCUCCUCCCGCUCGUACCUGCCUGAACGGCUGCAGAUAGUCAAGCCUCUGGAGGGCUCAGUGACUCUGCACCAAUGGCAGCAGCUGGCCAAGCCCAAUCUCGGGGGCAUCCUGCACUCACGGCCGGGUGUCCUCACCAAAGACUUCAGAGAGCUGGAUGUAGAUUUUCAACAUGUCUACAGCCUCAACGACCUCGAGGAAGAUGAGCCUGAUCUGUCCAAAUUCCCCAACUUCCUGAACGGCACUGUGGUCCCUUCAUCUGGACCUAACAUCCCUCAGACCUCAAACACACCCCCGACCACUAGCUGUCAGAUCCUCCACCCCUCUUCCCUCCUCUCCUCCUUCUCCACCAGUCUUCGGCCCCGCAGUGCAUCCGCUUGUGGGAGCUGUGAGCACGUGAGGACGUCAUCAGGCCUCCAGUGCGUCUCUGGGUCCACAUCACACCUCCACCCGACCUCCUCCCUUGGUCUGCUACAACUUGUGUCAGAGCGCGGCAUCUCAGCUGCAAUUCAUCCCAACUCCCCUCUCAUUCACAGAGCCACCGCAUCCUCAGAGGAAACACAAUGGGGCUCUGUUGGAAGUGAUCAGGAGAAAAGAGAAAAGGACCGGCAGGGAAACAUUUUCAGCGUCAAUCUUGUGGAAAAACUCAGAAGCUUGGGCCUGUACAAAGUGGUUGCCAGAGGCUUUGUGGAUUCAAAGAGAAAAACCAGCCCCCCCUGAAACACAAAAAGCCGUUCAUCAUUAAAGGUGCCAUUUUGUGCAUCACCAUCAUUGUAGCACGCAGCUAAACUUUUCCCAUUUGUAAUGGGGCAUUCCGAAAGCCAUAUCAAGUUUUCAUUUCCAUAGUGACUUCUUUUGGCACUGGGAAUUUAAAGUAUGAACUGCACCUCAAAAAAGAUUUCAUUAUGAAGUCAAACACGCUUGUUUUUUUGUAUCAUUGUUGUCAUGGGGUGCUUUAAACACUCUUCAGAAGGGAACAGCUGUACAUUUGUUGACUUUUUAACAUGUCCUCCUUUGUUGAGACUUUGUCUUGUCACUAUCAGUCUUGAAAUCACUUUAUUGUUAUGAAAUUGUUCUGUGUAGCAGCACUACAGAAAAAUGCAUUUUGCUUCCUGAGAAAUACGUUUGUUCAUAAUAGCACUUUUCAGAGCAUUCAGAUCCCUUUUUUUAGGGAAUGCAGGGUACAUUAUGUGAGGCUAUGUACUGUACCUGCAGUCUAAACACUGUAAAAAUUAGAGGCUGUAUUUAUGAUGACUGUUGGUGGUCAAUUUAGGGAACAUGAUACAGUCUUGUUGAGCGAAUAGAAAUUAUCUUGUGCUUUACUUUCACUGUGCUUUAAUGCAAGUACACCCAUGCACACACAUACACACACGUAUGUCAUGCAACUUUAAUGUCACAGACACGUUUUCACCUGUAAAGUUUGUAGUGUAUAUGAUUGUGUUUUACCAGAAUCAGGGAUGGAGUAAUAAAGUAGACAGUUUCUGCUGCAAGUAAUUCUAACAUUGAGUCAGCGAGGGCUGAAUUUAUAUCACUGGAUUAUUCAUUGAACACAGCUAAAGUCUCAGACAAGGUGGUUAUUUAAAAAGUAAUAUAUUUAAAUAAAAAUUUCUACCUGAGAUACCACUCUGUGUAAAACACAAUGCAUGCCUGGUCAUCACCAUUUUUGUAGAAUAUGUCAAGAGUUGUUUAGAAUAAAAAUAAAGAUCAUGUCAAAAUAAAUAAAUACAAUUAUGUAAAGAAUUGUUAAUUUACACAAGGAUCAGAGGUUAAAAGUGGAAUAAUCACUGUAUUUUUACAUUAGAACAAUGUUUAGCCUCACAAUGAAUUAAAAGCCCCUGAGUUCACCAUGUAACUGUUUCAGGCACUGUUUCAGAUAUUGUGUUGAAUGGCAAUAAAGAUUUCUGUGUAUUUUU